GCCAGUGGGACUGAGUGAGCUGUGUGCCGUGUAUUGACCCGCUUCCUAGUCCUGAAUUCCUUUCAGAAGCUCCGGCAGGGAGGAUGAUACAGUCAGACAAAGGAGCAGAUCCACCAGACAAGAAGGACGUGAAGCUUUCUACAGCCACCAAUCCACAGAAUGGCCUCUCCCAGAUCCUGAGGCUUGUGCUGCAAGAGCUGAGUCUGUUCUACAGCAGAGAUGUGAAUGGAGUGUGUCUCUUGUACGAUCUCCUCCACUCGCCGUGGCUUCAGGCUCUGCUAAAGAUUUAUGACUGCCUCCAGGAAUUUAAAGAAAAGAAACUAGUUCCUGCCACACCACAUGCACAGGUGUUAUCCUAUGAGGUAGUGGAGUUAUUACGUGAAACCCCUACUUCCCCUGAGAUCCAAGAGCUGAGACAAAUGCUCCAGGCUCCACACUUCAAGGCCUUGCUCAGUGCCCAUGACACGAUAGCUCAGAAAGAUUUUGAACCCCUUCUCCCUCCACUGCCAGACAAUAUCCCUGAGAGUGAGGAAGCAAUGAGGAUUGUUUGUUUAGUGAAAAACCAACAGCCCCUGGGAGCCACCAUCAAGCGCCACGAGAUGACAGGGGACAUCUUGGUGGCCAGGAUCAUCCACGGUGGGCUGGCGGAGAGAAGUGGGUUGCUAUAUGCUGGAGACAAACUGGUAGAAGUGAAUGGAGUUUCAGUUGAGGGACUGGACCCUGAACAAGUGAUCCAUAUUCUGGCCAUGUCUCGAGGCACAAUCAUGUUCAAGGUGGUUCCAGUCUCUGACCCUCCUGUGAAUAGCCAGCAGAUGGUGUACGUCCGUGCCAUGACUGAGUACUGGCCCCAGGAGGAUCCCGACAUCCCCUGCAUGGACGCUGGAUUGCCUUUCCAGAAGGGGGACAUCCUCCAGAUUGUGGACCAGAAUGAUGCCCUCUGGUGGCAGGCCCGAAAAAUCUCAGACCCUGCUACCUGCGCUGGGCUUGUCCCUUCUAACCACCUUCUGAAGAGGAAGCAACGGGAAUUCUGGUGGUCUCAGCCGUACCAGCCUCACACCUGCCUCAAGUCAACCGUAUCAAUUUCUAUGGAAGAAGAAGAUGACAUGAAGAUUGAUGAGAAAUGUGUGGAAGCAGAGGAACUUUCAGAAGACAAGGAGGAGUUUGUUGGCUACGGUCAGAAGUUCUUUAUAGCUGGCUUCCGCCGCAGCAUGCGCCUUUGUCGCAGGAAGUCUCACCUCAGCCCGCUGCAUGCCAGUGUGUGCUGCACCGGCAGCUGCUACGGUGUAGUGGGUGCCCCUUACGAGGAGGUGGUGAGGUACCAGCGACGCCCUUCAGACAAGUACCGCCUCAUAGUGCUCAUGGGACCCUCUGGUGUUGGAGUAAAUGAGCUCAGAAGACAACUUAUUGAAUUUAAUCCCAGCCAUUUUCAAAGUGCUGUGCCACACACUACUCGUACUAAAAAGAGUUAUGAAAUGAAUGGGCGUGAGUAUCACUAUGUGUCCAAGGAAACAUUUGAAAGCCUCAUAUAUAGUCACAGGAUGCUGGAGUAUGGUGAGUACAAAGGCCACCUGUAUGGCACUAGUGUGGAUGCUGUUCAAACAGUCCUUGUCGAAGGAAAGAUCUGUGUCAUGGACUUAGAGCCUCAGGAUAUUCAAGUGGUUCGAACCCAUGAACUGAAGCCCUAUGUCAUAUUUAUAAAGCCAUCGAAUAUGAGGUGUAUGAAACAAUCUCGGAAAAAUGCCAAGAUUAUUACUGACUACUAUGUGGACAUGAAGUUCAAGGAUGAAGACCUACAAGAGAUGGAAAAUUUAGCCCAAAGAAUGGAAACUCAGUUUGGCCAAUUUUUUGAUCAUGUGAUUGUGAAUGACAGCUUGCACGAUGCAUGUGCCCAGUUGUUGUCUGCCAUACAGAAGGCUCAGGAGGAGCCUCAGUGGGUACCAGCAACAUGGAUUUCCUCAGAUACUGAGUCUUAAUGAGACUUCUUGUUUAAUGCUGGAGUUUUAACACUGUACCCUUGAUACAGCGAUCCAUAGUUGCAAUCUAAAACAACAGUAUUUGACCCAUUUUAAUGUGUACAACUUUAAAAGUGCAGCAGUUUAUUAAUUAAUCUUAUUUGAAAAAAUUUUUUAUUGUAUGGUUAUGUAGUUACCUAUUUUAACUUAAUUUUUUUUUCCUUUACCUCAUAUGCAGCUGUGGUAGAAAUAUGAAUAAUGUUAAGUCACUGAGUAUGAGAACCUUUCGCAGAUUUCACAUGAUCUUUUUAAGAUUUAAAUAAAGAGCUUUCCUAAAUAAAAUAAGCAAUAUUUAA